UCUAAUAUUUGAUGAUGUGACAUUGUAAAUUGUUUUAAAAAAUAAUUAAUGAUGACGUGUAAAUGAAUAUAGUUAGGUUUUAAUUAAAAAUUGAAAUUGGGGUUAAUUAGGUAAACCCAAAGUCUUGGUCAAAUACGAAAAUUUCCCAAAUUUCCCUUUGCAAUUGGGAAUUUUUAUGCUUGCUGUUAGGAUUCAUCAACCUUCAAUCCACCUUCAUCAGCGGGGUUUGCAUUUUCUUGGCUUGCGAUUGCGAUUAAGAUUAGGAUUAGAGAAGAUGAAGUUAGAAAUUUGGAGAACUUUAUCUAUGGCAAUAAAUAAGGAUGGGAAGACCAUGUUACACAUGGCAGGAGAGGUUCCAGCAGAUGAUACGAAUUCCCAAGUUUCUUAUUCUGCCUUAGAGAUGGUGUGGGACGCAAAAUGGUUUCAGUAUGUUUCAAGCCUCGUACCACCACACUAUUACUUUUUGCGUGAUAAAGACCGGCAAACCCCGUGGGAAAUCUUCAAGAAGACACAUGAUAAUCUUAGGAAGGAGAGUGGGGAGUGGCUGAAGGAGACAUCUGAAUCUUGCUCCUUAGUGACUGCGCUUGUUGUUGGUGCUUCCUUUGCAACUGCCACCACUGUUCCUGGUGGCAUAGAUGACAAUGGGAUGCCUCAUUUUGAAGGUUGAUGAACCCUAAUCCUAAUUGCAAUUACAAGCCAAGAAAAUGCAAACCCCUCUGAUGAAGGUGGAUUGAAGGUUGAUGAACCCUAACAGCAAGCACAGAAAUUCCCAAUUGCAAAGGGAAAAUUUGGGAAAUUUUCGCAUCUGACCAAGACUUUGGGUUUACCCUGGUUCAUUAGAACUAUAGAAACUCAUACCCAGAAUUCCCAGUAAUAAAAAAACAGAACUUCCCGCAGUGUACAAAAUAAACUUUGUAGCUGAAUACAAACGUUUUUUUCCACCCCACAUAGAUAAAAGUAGAUAAACGGGAAUUAAUUCUAAUUCCCACAUGAUGAAAAAAAGUAAAAUGUCUUGAGAAGAAAAUGUUCCUAGUUGACCACUAUACAUUGCUAACAUCAGAAAAUAGAAUAAUUUAGAUUCUCGAGUAACUGGUUGAGCUGAUAACGUAGCUAACGUAGUCCGAAAAAAAGAUUCGAGAG